GCUUUUGAGAACACUAAACCUGACAGGCAACCGUGUGGUCGCAGAGAAUUUACAUAGACUUUACAUUUCCACUGCAGCAGAAUCGCAGAACUUCACUGGCAGCGCGUCCGUCGAGAGCAGGAGGACAGGGGUGCCCUGGCAUUGGACACGGCAGUUUCCACCAAAAAUUGGAUGGGUCACGGAUUCAGCUGCCAGUGUAGAUACAGCUAUAAAUACAGCUGCAGGUCUUCCGUGUCUACAGGGGUUGACUUUUACAGGCAGUCAGCUGGUUGAAUGUCAGCACUACACUGUUGUACGCUUGCAGGACUUGGGUGGAACUGCCAGUCAGUGGUGUGUGGAUUUCCCUGUUCAGCAGCCAAGCUGCCCACCGAGAAUUGCUGGUUGAUGGAGUUUGUGCGGCGGAGUGGUGACUACUGCCACGCCCAACACAUUUAGACCCGAUGUGGGAUGAAGCUGCAUUAUGCCGUCCUGAGGCCCUGAACCCCGAGAGACCAUUGGCCGUUGCCCUCUGAACCAGCCAGCUCAUGGGGUAACAAGUGGAGUCUCGCACACCGGACGACAUCUGGAGAGAGAGGAGGACAGAGAGAGACUUACUGAGGAAGACAAACCGAGAGAAAGAGAGGAAGACUGGACAAUCAGAAAGAUAAGAACCAAAUAGAGGGACACAGGGAGAACUGACAAACUGUAUCCUGUUGGACUAUACAGUCAACUGACGGUGUAAAAGAGUCAAGACAACCGGACCUCGGAAUUGGGGGAAUAACUUUAACGACUGUAAACGGGAAAGUUCCACAACAGACAGGAAAUCCAGAAUCACCUGGAAGCCCAACAUAAGAAGAAGUUAAAGAAGAUUUAACAGCUGGAGCUAAAGAUAAGGGUCAGAGGUCAUCCUGGGUGGUCAAAGGUCACAAUGGCCACCAUGAACCGUCCAGCUCCAGUGGAACUGUGCCACAAGAACAUGAGAUUCCUCAUAACACACAACCCCACAGACAGCACCCUCAGCUCCUUCAUAGAGGACCUGAAGCGGUUUGGUGCCACAACUGUGGUUCGCGUGUGUGACAUCACUUAUGACAAAACGCCGCUCGAGAAAGAGGGCAUUACCGUGGUGGAUUGGCCCUUCGAUGAUGGAGCCCCACCCCCGAGUAAGCUUGUUGAUGAUUGGUUGAGUCUGCUGAAGAAGAAUUUUCAGGAGGAUCCGGGAUGCUGCGUGGCUGUUCACUGUGUGGCUGGACUGGGACGGGCUCCUGUGCUGGUUGCUCUGGCUCUGAUAGAGAGCGGGAUGAAGUAUGAAGAUGCCAUUCAACUUAUCAGGCAGAAGCGUCGUGGAGCCAUCAACAGCAAACAGCUAACCUACCUGGAGAAAUAUCGAUCCAAGCAGAGACUCCGCUUCAAAGACUCUCACACACACAAGAACAAGUGUUGCACCAUGUGAACACACACACACUAACACACAAACGCUUGCGCGCGUGCACACACACACACACACACACACACACACACACACACACACACACACACACGUUUCGGUUCUCAGGAAUCCAACCAUAAGCCUUGGCUCCCCCACAUCAUUAGCCCAUUAGUCUGGGAAUUUCUGAAUGUUUUUACCGUAAUUUGAUCAGAACCUUCCUUUGUUCCCUUGUUUGUAAUGAUUACAUGUCUUUAAAGUUUAAUCCAUUGCAUGUUGCUGUAUUAUAUAAUUCUCAGUGAAGAAUGAUGGAAAAGAGAUGUGGGAUGGAAAAUCCCCCAAAAAAUAUAAGUUUUGUAGCUAAUUGUGGACGCAUAUCUGCAUCAUUAGAUUGUUCUGUAAAAUACACAACGUUGGGUCAGGGGAAAUGUGUGGAGGUGUUUCAAUCACAUUAAAUUGUUUCAAGAAAUCAAAUCCAUGGUGUGGGCCCAUGGGGACACCUGAACUGAUUUGGUGCAGGACUGAUUUACUAUAGAAACCUGAUGCUUUCAGCCUUUAAAAGCUUUGUACAGAUGUUCAAUAUGUUUAAAUAUAACCAUGUUCAAGGAAUGUAAUUAAAUGCAGUAUUUAUUUUUCUUUGAGAUUGCUUCUCAGUUACCAUUUUUUAAUUAUUUUGGCACACUAAAUGUUGAAACACUGAAACACAAGAAUAAGAUCACCUUAUCAGCUCGCUCUUUUUUAUCUCGGUAGAUUCUCUCUUACAUUGUUCCAGUUGACGUUCGUUCUCGGUGUAACUGGAGAUAUAAGGGCUAAUUUUCAUCCAUUCGUCUACAGUCAGUAGGAAAUUCAACUGCUACAAGGCUGCAGCACAUGGAGAAUUUUGACAAUCAUAAACCCUUUAUUUGGUUUUGUCACAGUCACUGUUUUAAUAUUACAUCAUACACUGUGCUCCAAUAAUUUGUUUACAUAUCUGUGUGUGUAUUGCAUGUUAUGCUCUGUUUACUGACACCCACAGAAGGAAACAUAUUGGUAAGCAGCCACUGAUUUCACAUGAGAUUAUGUAGUACAUAUGUGUUUUAUAAAUAAGAAAUGUUGAAAAAUCUACUGUAAUCCUUCAUUACAUGAAUUCUAAAAUCCUGUGAACAAGAUGUAAAUAAUAUUAGAUGAGGAAUUUUCUAAUUACAACUUUCCUUCUAUAAAGCAGGGUGAACCACUCCUCCCAGUCAGUGACUGUGCAAAAUAAUAUUAAAUAAUUUCUGGUAUUACAAAUAUUUUUUACAAAUGUGGGAGGAGUGUCUGUCACACCACCAGUUGAUGACACUUAAUGGUCAAGCUCUCAGUUGAAUCCCAAGCCAAUGUUGGCCUGCUAUGUUUGUGGAUAAAUGAAAUAUUGGUCUAAUUCUAUCACAAACGUUGCCGUGCAUUUUCACAUCUUUUACACUUGGUUACAGUAUCUGACACAUUUUUCUUGUGAAGUGGAAUUUCCUUAUUUUGGCUGAUGUAGACAACUGCUCCUGACACUUGUUUCAUUUUUAAUUCAGAAUUGAUUGUGUGGUUCAUUUGCUGAUAUUAGAGCAUGCACUUUUUAUGUAUUAGGUUGCUUAUGAUAGUCACCUUAUCAUGUGUUAUUAAUAACAUCUACAACCGGAAAAACAAUUUGUGUGAAAGAAAUGAGAGCAGAAGGUGUAAUCUAAAGUAAAGAGGUCGACAACUUUUACAGACUGGUCUACACCGUGUGUGUGUGUGUGUGUGUGUGUGUGUGUGUGUGUGUGUGUGUGUGUGUGUGUGUGUGUGUGUGUGUGUUUGGUUGCCUUUAGCUGUUGUUGCUCAUUGGGACUCAGACACUUUUUAAAAUGUGAAAACAAAUGCUGUAAAUGUUUGUAUGUCUGUAAAUUCUUGAAUUGUUUAAUAAAGGUUUUGUCGUUGUUAA